AUGGUGCUUUACAACGGAUGUAGCGCCGCGCUUAGCAUAACCGCAGCCUUAAUAGUCUGGGUGAUGGCAGCUCUGUCUGUCCUGAUGAUACCUCUCUGCGGUUGCGGUGUUUCUGUCUUUAACGGAUUACUACACGCAGUCUUCAACUUAUGCUGCACUGACGCCUUCAUCUACAAUGCAUUGGCUGCAUCCUCUGCGGAUUGUAUUGACAUGGACCUGGCAGAGUGGGGAGUCGAUGUUACAAGUAGUGAAUUGCACCCUUUGUUGCCAAUUCGAGUGCCCCCGCCAAUCGGAGGAGCCGGAGAACAAAUGUUCGAACCGUGUCCGAGAUUCGAGAGAAGUCUGGGGACUCCAUCGCCCAGAUCGGUGCUUGCAGUGGCCUAUUUUGGCUGUUUCAAGCUGCUAGUCGGCGCAGGACAAGUGAUUACUGUGACGUUGGUGCUGGGAGUUCUCGGGUUCCUGAUUGGAGAUAAACGCGUCCCAAUUCAUUUGGACACACUCACGGUGCAACAUCCGUUCGCAGUGUACACGACGACGUUCGGGUUGUUGCUGAUAGCGCUGGCACUGCUCCAUGGGAUGACGAGGGUGUCCAAGCUUGUCACGCGACAAGUUGGGGGACGACAAGUAAAGAAGACGCUGGCACGUGCUCGAAGGCUGUCAAGAACUCGAUUCUGCCAACGUGCUGGAAGUGCGAUAAGGAGAUCGCGUUGA